AAAGACUUCGAAGGCUACAGAGCGUCAGAUAGAUAAUGUUUAAUGAAAAAAUUGGUCCAUUUACCCCCACCACAUUUUUUGUAAUAGCCCAGUCGAUUUGGGCGGGAAAGUUAGCACGAUUGCGAAAGUGUCGUCCGUUGUGUGCCAACAAAAUGCCAAAAAGGAAGAGUACUACUACUAGUUCAAUGUCAAAGGAAGAAACGAAGGGAGAUGACAUACUUAGCAAAAUUUCGGGCGCCUUUCUGGAGUGUACAAUCUGCCUGGAACCCUUUAAAGAUCCCAAGGUCCUGCCAUGUCUCCACACCUUCUGUGAGGGAUGUCUGAAGAAGCUUGUUGAACAGCAAGAUGAUGCGAAGGACACUUUUCAGUGUCCCACAUGUCGGACUGAUACCUCACUACCAGUGGGUGGUGUUGCUUUCCUGAAAAACAACUUCUUUGUGCAGAGCUUGAGUGACACAGUUCAGACCCACAAGAGUUUGGUAAGCAAGGAGGAUGACAAAGUGAAGUGUGAUAACUGUGAAGAAGAAGUGGCUAAUCACGGCUGUGUCCCCUGUGAAGAGUUCUUGUGUGAUGAGUGUGCUUGUGCCCACCGUCGAGGUAAGCGUACGCGCGGUCACGAAGUCAUCGGUGUGGCGGAGCUUAAAGAGCAGCUGAUCAACAAGACGGGAUUGCUCAAGUCAAGAUCACUGCCGAUUUGUCCGAAACACGAGGAUGAGAAGUUAAAGUUCUACUGUGAGACGUGCAAGCACCCCAUCUGUCGAGAUUGCACAGUACUGCAACACAAGAACCACACGUAUGGCUACCUGGCAGAUACAGUGUGUGAUGUCAGAGCAAAAAUCCAAAACAAGCUGGAAGCUGCCAGGCAGCAGAUCACAAAAUACCAAGACAAGGCAAGAGCUGUAGCUAAGAGACAAGAUGAACUGCACACAACUUGGAAGAAAGCUGCAGACGACAUCAAUGUAGCUGCAAAAGAAGAGAUCAAGUAUUUGACUAGCCUUGUGAAACGUAAGCAGACUGAACUGGAAGAAAAGUUAGCAGAAAUCAUAACAGAGCGUUUUGGGCAGCUCUCUGUUACAGCAGACAGUGUUGAGAGCACCUUAGACAGUCUGUCUAGCACAGUGGACUUUGCACAGAAAGUUGUGGAGCACGGCAGUGAUUUUGACAUCAUGAACGUGUAUUCUGAUGUCACAACGCGGCUGGAGUCUCUGCUUGAAGGUCCCACCAAGGAUCCGGACAUUCCUGAUGACAUCAAUUGCCUUAUGUUUGAGGUGAUGACACAGCAGAAGAAGAAGGAUGAAGAAGAGGAAGAUAAAUCGCGAGCUGAGGCGACCUUUCGUUUCACAGUUGACAACUUCAGCCAGCUGAGUAAGAACAGCAAGGUCAGUCCUGCAGUCUUCAUCCGAAAUCUGCCUUGGAAAAUAGAAACCAGGCCUGAGCACAAUGACAACAAGAAGAGCCUAGCCUUUUUCAUGAAAUGUAAUGAUGGUUCCAAAAGCUUGUGGUCCUGCAAGGCAUCAGUUGUGAUGCGAUUGAUUCCACAAAAGGAUGGAGUUCAAACCUACGAGCGAAAAUAUGAAGUUGUCUUCUACAACAAGGGGAACAGCUGGGGGUAUGCAGGAUUCUUUCCGUGGGAUGAGCUGUGUGAUCCACAGAAGGGAUACAUCAAGGAUGACAAGAUCAUACUGGAGGCUUACGUGAAGGCAGAUGCUCCUAAGUUCAUGAAGGAAACCAUCGUUCGCAACAUUUUCAAUGAAGAAGUACCGAAGAAUGCGAAGAACUUGCAGACUCAGUCAACUUUCCGUUUCACUGUUGAAAACGUAAGCAAGCUGUUGGGGAGGAAGUUUAGCCAUACCGUUUUCAUCUGUGGCCUACCCUGGAAAAUAAUGGCCAUGCCUGGCUGCAGUGCCCCACCGCACCACAACAGCCUCGGUGUCUACCUGCAGUGUGAUGUUGAUGCCGACUCCAGCAGCUUCUGGUCUUGUUGUGUAUCAGUCGAGCUGCGGUUGAUUUCGCAGAAGAAUGGUGUCAAGAUGUACAAACGGAAGUUCGGACACGUCUUUCACAGCAAGAACAACAGCUGUGGAUGCCCAGACUUCAUGCCGUGGCCCGAGCUGUGUGAUCCACAGAAGGGAUACAUCAAGGAUGACAAGAUCAUACUGGAGGCUUACGUGAACGCAGAUGCACCUUGUGCCAUGGUCUAAGACUUAAAGAAGUAGACAGCUAAUGUAUGCUAUCAAGAUCAUUAUCUUAAGCAUAAGAUUAUUAUGGCAUCAGAAUAAUCUCAAGCUCCUUUAUGGGAAUGGAUAGUCAAAAUAUGUGAAGCUUCAAAAAACAAAAUUGUGUUAGACUGAUUGAAGAAUAAAUAGUACUGUAGGAUGAUAGGGUCAAAGGAUUAAAUUUAAAGGAAGUGUGUUCUAGGAAUCAAAAGAAACCAUUCUGUGCAAGAGUAUGGACAGAAAUCUAGAAAAGCAGACAAUUGCACACUGUCAACAUAUAUAGGCAUUGCCACAUCUCCCUUUACCUCUACAUUUUUGCUUUAACUUGAAGCUGUUGAAUGAAGAUUUUAAGACAAAUUGCUAAGAGCUGAUUGCUAAGAGCAAGAACAACUUGUUCACUGUGCAAUGACAUUGUGUUUUGAAUAUCUCUAUAAAUGUCUACAAUCCACAAUACAAAUUUGCUUAUCUUUAUCAUGGUAGCCUCAGUAUGUAUUUUUACUUAUGCUGUGAUACUUUUAACCAACUUGUAGAUGUAGCAGGUUGCAAAUUGCAUUUGAAGUGUGUCAAAGCCAAAGGCUUUUAGGUCUGUUCUGACAAAUAAAAUGACAGAUUUAGCUCCAGACAUUUGUCAGUAAAUGUUGUACUGACAAAUAAGUACUAGGUUCUUAAAAUCCAUCAAUUUUUAGAAAGAAAACAAACAGGAAUCAUGUAUUCUUUGAAAUUGUAUAGAAAGUUUGUUUUGGAGCGUAAUACAUUCUGCUGACUGUAAACUAGUGUCUAGUGCAGAUGAAUUUUAUAGUACAAUUAACAACUUACAUUGUUAAACAUUGUAUUGUACAAUGUCCAUGUGUGUUUAGUACAUUUUGUACUUAACAACAUCCCAAAAUGCUACAAAUACAGAUCUAGAGGGAACUAGAUUUUCCUGAUAGCUAGUUGUCAAGUGACAUAGAUUGCAAUGGUGCUAUGACUAAUACAUUCAUACUGUUUGAGUGCAUUGGUGACUAUGACAAUGGAAGAUUUGGUAGCUACAGACUUUGUUAGAAAUUAAGAAAUCAAGGCAGGUAAUCAGAUGGUACCAUGGCUACUCCAAGUUUUCUGCAUACUACAUGUAUUAGCCAAAAAUGCAAUGUGUAAAGACUUGCAUACAUGUAUGUUGUGAUUCAACUGCAUGCAUCCCUGUCAAUGUACAAAAAAAGGUAUGCAUUUAUGAUAAGAUAUUACUUUUGUUAAUACUAGUAUAUUUUUUAACAACUUCUAAAUUAAUAUUGAGACUUAUACACCUCAGCUAACCAUGUUGCAUUGUAAGAUUGUUAUGUUUUACUAGUACUUAGCAAUUGAACAACUGAAAAUUGUAUCAUUUUCAGAUUUCACUAUUAUUUUAUUAUGUUCAACUAAACUAAAUACAUACUUUCUAAUAUUCACUAUAAAUGCGCGACAGAAUGUUGCAUUUACAAUUUAACAUGUAGGAUAACAUUUAACUUUUGUUUGUUGCAUUUACUAUCAUUGCAUUACAGCUAAAUAGUAGUAUUGCAUGUAACUAGUAUUUGUCACAGUAACAGAUUGUCGCAGUUAUUUGCAGUCGACACACAUACGAAAUAUGUUACUUUUACAAUGUAAUUUGUAUGUCAAGAUUUAACCUAAGUUUUAUCACAUAUACUAUCAGAAAAA